AAAGUUUUAGGGACGUUCAGACGGUGCGCGCCCUCAGCUUCUAGCCCUGCCUGAGGAACUCACAUGACCAACAGUUCCCAAAUCCAAGACCAACUUUGGGGCGCCCAUUCCAGGGCCGCGUUCCAAAGCUAAAGCGCAGGCGCCGGGCGUCAGUGCUUGAUGUGUAUCAGUGUGAACUUUUGCUUCCUUUCGGAAGGCUUCAGCAACAGUCUGAGUCCAGUGCUUCCAAGAGUUGCAAGAAAAAGAAAAGAAGAAAAGAACAGAAGAAUAGAACAAUCAGAUCAUUGAGGAAAAGAUUGUGGCUGAGAAAUAGAGAAAGAAAAAUCUUUGUAUUAUACAUGAGACUUCAAGAGGCAGAAAAAAGCAAAGAGAAAAAAGGCAUCUGCUGACUAUGCUUUCGAAGAUGAAUGAUUUGAACCAUCUGCUCAUUUUUCUUGGCAAAUUUACAUAUGGCUUUUUGGAGGCUUUAUUUUAUAUGAUAGCUCCAAAGCCAAAGAAAAAUGUUUCUGGUGAAAUAGUCCUUAUAACAGGAGCCGGAAGUGGAAUUGGACGCUUAUUAGCCUUAAGAUUUGCCCAUCUGGGGGCGACCCUUGUUCUCUGGGAUAUCAAUCCAGAGGGCAACCAGGAAACUUCUAAAUUGGCCAAAGAAGCUGGUGCAUCAAGAGUGUAUACCUACACCUGUAACUGUGGUCAAAGGCAAGAUGUCUACAGAGUGGCAGAUCAGGUUAAAAAAGAGGUUGGCGAUGUCACCAUUCUCAUUAAUAAUGCUGGAGUUGUAACAGGAAAAAGGUUCCUUGAGAUUCCAGAUGAAUGUAUAGAAAAGGCAUUUGAUGUGAAUAUCAAAGCACAUUUCUGGAUUUACAAAGCCUUCCUUCCUGCUAUGAUGGCUAACAACCAUGGACACUUGGUUUGCAUUUCAAGUUCAGCUGGAUUACUUGGAGUAAAUAAACUGUCAGAUUACUGUGCAAGUAAAUUUGCAGCCUUUGGAUUUGCUGAAUCCAUUUUUUUAGAACUACAUGCUGAAAGAAAAACUGGGAUUAAAACAACCAUUGUUUGUCCAUUUUUUAUAAAAACUGGAAUGUUUGAAGGUUGUACUACUGCAAAUUCUCAUCUGUUGCCAAUCCUAGAGCCAAAAUAUGUAGUUGAUAAGAUAAUGGAUGCAAUUCUGACCGAACAAGUUUACCUAUAUUUGCCAAAAUUCUUGUACUAUGCAUUGUUUUUAAAAAGCUUUUUGCCAGCCAAAUCGGGAGUGGCUGUAUGUGAAUACAUGAAAAUCUUUGAUGUGAUGAAUUCCUUCAAAGGACAGUUAAAAAAGUUCUAAAAGGCAAACUCUAAGAAAGAUGUCACUCAGAAAUCCAAAUCCAACACUGCCAAGUAGUUGUUAUUUCAGUGAAGAAAUGUCUAAUGCUACAUGACACAAUUUCUGAAAAUCUCUAAAAUGCUCAACCUGCUACCUAGGGUAAUUUUUAGACUUACUGUUACAAGGGAAUCACUUUAAAAGACUGAUAUAUAUUAAUUUAAGGUCGCCAAGGAAUUCAGCUAUGUAAUUCCUAAAUGAAAAACUUAAGUCAGCAGUCAACCUUUUAUGGAGUUUAAUUACAAUAGGAGGAAGAAAGGAAUUAGAGAUAGAGAGAGAGAAAAAGGGAGAGAAGGGAAUAGGGCUUAAAUACCCCUUCUGUUUAGGCUGGGCCAAAAGGCCCAAGCCCUUAGAUAGCUAGGGCAAAGAAAAGAGAUCAGUCCCUAUUACUCACGUGACCAAAAUGGAGAAACAGCCUCAGAGGGCCCCACCUUCAGCUUCCUUCAGAGCAAGCUUCCCAGAGCACACCGCCACUACUUCCACAAACUCUUCAACCACCUCGAGUCUCCAGACCCCCCUCUCUUUAAGGAAACCAUCCAAGUUGCCUCCCCUCAGUUCUCACAUCUACCAAUCACUGUCCAUCCAUUUCCCUGUGCCAAUGGAGGCUCUAGCUUAACCCAGGACCGCCCAGAGGCUUUGCACAUGUCUGUUGAAGGUCAUAUUCUCAAAUAAUUAAAUCUUUGCUCCUUUGCUACAGCCCUUUCUAAAUCCUGUUAACCUGAGUAGGGUAGAGAUUGGAAUAAUUAAAUUUUGAUCUAGGCUGCAGCCCUUACUCAAUCCUGUUAGGACUGAAUAGGGUGGAGAUUGAUUCCAAGUAUCUCCAUUGUAUCAAUUCUAAAAUCAAUCAUGACUCAAAGAAAUUCCUGUUCUAUGCUUAAGCAUAGGUCAAAGUCCUUUCCAUUGUUCAGCAAAAGAUUUCUGUCCUAAAGUAAUCUGAAGAAGGGAAGAGAAGGAGCCUCCCAUGCCAAUGGGGUUCCCAUUCCAAUAGACUAUCAGUAAGAAAUUUUCCAAGUAUGAAAUAUCCCAAUGGUGAAAUUUCCAACAUUUAUAAGUCUAAGGAAUUUUAAGGUUUACAUUACCUAAUUAACAGGUUGCUGGGGGAGGGGAAGCUUCCCUGUUCUAGGAAUGUACAGAUAUUUUUCUUUUCAAAGAUUUAAGCCCAAUCUUGCCCUCUCACUUGAACUCUCUUUGGAUGGGCAGGAGUAGAGAGAGGAUAUCAUGUAGAUAGCCUGUCCUUGCUGAUUUUUUUCUACAUCCAAAUCUUCAGAUGACAUGAGGGAACCAAGCAGUGGUUCCAGUGCUGGCUCCAUUGAGGACUAAAUAUUGGAGGACUGGCUAAGGUCCAGAAUGUGUUUGCAUAGGCUACACCAUAACUGCUCCUAGUAAUUGUCUCCUACCACAGAAAUAAAUUACACGGAAUAAGAUUCAAAUCUUUCCAUAGAGCAAUUUGGGAAACCAGUAUUUCUUGAGUUUCUUUACUCUUCUGAAAUAAUCCUGGAGUUAAUUUGUGGUGUUUAAUUUAGUGUUUAAUGUAUUAAUCUCAUCCAGAAUUCACUUAAUUUCUUUCCAGUGAAUAUAAAAUUUACAUAUAUUCAUAAUCUUCAGUAGCGUUAUUCCAUCUAACAAAUUGUAUUUUUAUAUCUUAAUCAUCAGUUGGGAAGGUACUUUAUGGAUUUAAAUAAUACAAGCAAGAUUUAGAUUAUGUCUGUAGUUGACAUUGGUCUCAUUCUUUACAAGCCUCUUCACCAUGAGGAAAACUUUAUACCUCAGCUAUUAAGUUCUUUCCAUCUCCCUCUUCCAACAUUGACAUUUUGUGGAAAGCAAUAAGGAGUGUCACAGAAGACAAGAUGAAAACCUAGGUCCUCCAUUAGAAGUAUGGGGGUCUUUCACUGGGUAGAAACUUAAUUCCUUCUUGCCAAUGGUUUGUAAAGCCUUAUCUUUUCACAACUCGCAUGACAAAACUUUAUCUUCAUGCAUUGGUAUUUCUUCUCUACCCUGCCUUCUCCUUAACUUUUGUUCAUUGUAUAGCUUGGGAUCUCAAUUUAAAUAAAGGUAAUAUACAACACAAAACAGAAAA